CGAUGCAGUGACUGCCUGGGCCUCCUCCUCCUAUACUCAUCCUGCACUAUAGAUGAUGUCGCUGAUGAUGAGAAGUAGCCGCUGUUGCUGCAGCCAACAUUGAUCCGCUACUCCCUCCACCGCCUCCACUAGCACCGCUUCUUCCGGGGUCAAGGCUGCCGCUUUCAGUAGUGGAGGCAGUUUGGGUGUAGAGAAGGGAGUGUACGUGCUGCUCGCCCCCCCCCCCCAGCCAGAUCCCCUGACAGGAAUGAUGGCUUCUCAUUUCCCAGCCCCACAGCCCCUCUCCCCCGGCUCACUGGGGGCUGCAGCUUCAGAGGAAGACUUACAAAAUAAACAAAACUUCCUCCGGUCUCUGUCUUCAGCCCCCGCUCCCCAAAUGUGCAAGGGGGGGGGGAAUGUCUCCUGCUACUGGGAACCUGGGGGAGUUACAAAAGCACAUUGCAGCCUGUAGUUGAUAUAUAAAUAUAUAAAUAGUGAGAGAGAAUAGUUCUGCCAUCCCUUAACUUCCAUUCCGAUCAGUGUUUCUUUUUGCAGAGCCAGAUACAAUAUGUCGCCCCCACAUCCUCACCACAGACACCCCUGUGAUGCACUCGGUCCAGACUGUAACCUAAGCCAGUGGCCCCUGAGUCAGUCUCCAGCCGGUUCGGAUUCUGAGUGCAGGAGACAUAGCCUGGGGGGGAGAAGAGGUGCUGAAUCCGAACCAGGUGGAGACUGACUCGGGGGCCACUCCCUUCUCCACUACACCCAAACUACCUCCACUACUGAAAGUCCUGCUGCACUAUAGAUGGAAGCGGUGGUAGUGGAGGUGGUGGAGGGAGCAGCAGAUCAAUGUCGGCUGCAGCAACAGCUUCUCAUCAUCAGCGACAUCAUCUGUAGUGCAGGAGGAGGAGGGGGCCCGGGCAGUCUCUGCAUCGCAUCCAUGAGGCAUUCAUGUUGCUCCUUCACACGCUGUCACUAGAAUAGCCAGGGAGGAGAAAUCGAGCGCAGCAGGAUGGAUGGUCGCCCUGUCGCCUUUUCUGUACAGGACAGGAAGUGGAGUUUCUGUGAUCUUUGGAGAGCUGUUUCAGUUACCUUCUCCACCACAGAUUGACGUCAUGUAUACUACACUUCUAAUCGAACUUUGCAAACUGCAACCUGGAUCUUUGCCACAAGUGCUUGCACAAGCCUCUGAAAUGUUGUAUACACGCUUGGAUACGAUGAACACAACUUGUAUUGACAGGUUUAUAAACUGGUUUUCACACCAUCUAAGCAACUUUCAAUUCAGGUGGAACUGGGAGGACUGGGCAGACUGUCUUUCUCAAGACUUAGAUAAACCAAAACCACAAUUUGUUCGUGAAGUACUCGAGAAAUGCAUGAGGCUUUCAUACCACCAGAGAAUAUUGGACAUUGUACCUGCAACAUUUUCUGCAUUAUAUCCAGCUAAUCCCUCCAAUGUGAUCAAAUAUGGUGAUGAGAGCAACAGUGCUUUGCCUGGAUACUCUGUUGCUGUUAUUUUGACAAAUGCAAUUAAAAAUAAAGCAAGCGAUAAAGAGAUUUUUAACAUUUUAAAAGAUAUCCCUAAUCCUAAUCAAGAUGACGAUGAUGAUGAAGGAAUCGGUUUUAAUCCACUUAAGAUUGAGGUUUUUGUACAGACCCUGCUUAAUCUAGCAUCAAAGUCCUUUAGUCACUCGUUUAGUGCUCUUGCAAAGUUUCAUGACAUCUUUAAAGCAUUAUCUGAGAGUGAUGAAGGGAAGCUUCAUAUUCUAAGAGUCGUUUAUGACGUUUGGAAAAAUCACCCGCAGAUGAUUGCUGUGUUACUGGAUAAGAUGAUACGAACACAAAUUGUUGACUGUGCAGCAGUGGCAAACUGGAUCUUCUCCCCAGAGUUAUCACCUGACUUCACCAGGUUUUAUAUUUGGGAAAUAUUGCACUCUACAAUUCGGAAAAUGAAUAAACAUGUUCAGAAAAUCCAAAAAGAGCUGGAAGACACUAAGCAAAGGCUAGCUAAACAGCAUAAACAUAGAGACAGUGAUGACAAUGAUGAAGACAGUGGAAGAAAAGAUGGUCCUUUAGAAGAACAAAUUGAGCGAUUGCAAGAGAAAGUAGAGUCUGCUCAGAGUGAGCAAAAGAAUUUGUUCCUUGUAAUUUUCCAGAGGUUUAUCAUGAUACUUACAGAACACUUAGUACGAUGUGAAACCGGAGGUAUUGAUGUGAAUACUGCUUGGUAUAAGAACUGCAGAGAGAGACUUCAGCAGAUAUUUCUACAGCAUCAUCAGACAAUCCAGCAGUAUAUGGUGACCCUGGAAAACCUCUUGUUCACAGCAGAACUGGACCAUCACAUUCUGACUGUCUUCCAGCAGUUUUGUGCAUUACAGUCUUAAUGAACCCUGCUCUGGAGUUUGUUUUUACACCCACAGCUGCCUUCUAGGGCUGGAAUGUUAUUAGGAAAAGACAUUUUUGGUCAGUAACACUGAGAAUGUGAUUGCUAGUAGAGGAAAAGCCAUCAUUUGCAGUGUUACGCAUAUUGGUUAAACAAUUUGCUUCUUUUUGGACAUUAUAGCUAUUUUAUGAGAGAAUAUUUGUUUGGGUUUGUCCUGUAUUGCUUAUUGUAUUACCCCUCCUAUAAUUGUAUUGCUACUCUUGGUAGACCUACUUUGCAUUGUUUGGUUUUUUCUUUUUUUCUUUUUUUUAUAUUUUCUUUGGAAGUUUCCUUCACUUCAAUGUGAGUGAAACAUCUUUUUUUUUUUUUUUUGUCAGUAUAGCAAUGACCGCAUGGUUUAUUUUAUUAUUGUCCUGCUACAUCGAACUUGAUGUCUGAGAUUUUCAUUCUUUUUUUGGUUUUUUUUUUCCCCCCCUCACUCUGCUCCAUCCCAAACAGAGUUUUUAAUGUCACUCUGCUCCAUCCCAAACAGAGUUUUUAAUGUAACAGCAUGAUUUAAAUACAAAUGAAAUACUUCUUUUUUUUAAGGUCUUGCUCUUGGUGUCUUUAUUUUUAUAAAUAUAUUUAAACACUGUAUGUGACACACAAGUAGCUACCCCACAGACAUGCACAGUUUAUGGUUUGUGUUUAAAUAUGGCUUUAUAAAAUCAUUCAUCAUAGACCUGUUUUUGAAGAUGUGAACAUGGACAAAUAUUACAACAUUUUAUGUUUA